AAUAAAUAUUUAAAUAUCCCAUAUGACAAUGACGUUUUACCGUGACUGUAAUUGAGGUUAUAUUGAAUUUAUUUAGAUUUAAUAACAACUAAAAUCAGUGGCGAAACAUGGAAGUUGGUGCUGUAAAACAAGCUUUUAACAACGAGAUUAUACUGCUCAAAAAAAAUUUGAACCAAGCAAAAAUACAAACGAUACACAAGCUUACAAGAAAGGCGAAGACUUUAACUGAUAAAAAAGGCCCAGAAGCACUUAAAGAGAAACAGAAAAGGAAAGCGGAGUCUGCAGUAAGAGAAGUUCUCAUUAUCAAGAAAAUUAAAGCAAGAGAUAUAGCAAGGUUCAUCGUGACACACACAGGAAACCUCAAUGAAUAUUUAAACAAACCAAUUGUUGAUGAAAAUAAAGCAUGUGCUCGGUUACUUCUACACAAAUCGUUGCAAGAGAAAUACAAACAUAUCAGGGAAAAGUUCUUAAAUAUAUCAAUAAAGGACCUAUUCAUGUCAAGGCAAGAAAGAAAAAAGCUUAAAAAAGAGGAAAGAGAGAAACAGAAGAAUAAAAAGAAAGGAAAAAAUAAAUCUAAUAUUGUUAAUGUUGAAGGAGAAUGGGACGUAGAAAACACAGAUAGAAAUAAAGAUACAAUUGAAGAAGAUAAACUUGAAGAUGAUGAAGCGAUGUCUGAAGAAGAUGGAGCAAUGUCUGAGGACGAUGGGAAAUAUGAUAAUGAUGAUAGGAUAAAUGAAAAUGGCAGUGAAUUAAGUAAUGAAUCUAAUGCAGAUGAUCAAUCUGAUGUAGGUGAUCAAUCUGAUGAGGAAGUUGAAGAGUUAAAUAAUAUAGACUUUGAUGUAAAAGAAAAAGAUAGUGACUCUGAUGAAAGGGAAGAUAUGGAAGUAUCUAACAAAAUUAAAAAUGAUAAUAAAAAUAAAAUAGAAUCAGCUAAACCUAACAAUGAAAGGUUCGAAUUAAAAAUCAAUGGAAGUAAAAAAUUAUCUGAUGACAAAAUUAAGAAGGUAGACAAAAAAAUCAAGGACAAUAAGAACAAAAAUUUAAAUGAGAAACUUCAUAAAAGAAAAUUUAAUAAAGAAUCCGAUGAUUUACCUGAAAAAGUAAUGAAAAUUGUAGAUCCAUUUUUUGUAACGUCCACUGGAGAAAAUUACAUGUCAUUAGUAGAACCAAGGAAUCCUGACGAAGUUAAAGAAGUCCAUAAAGAAGGUAAUCGGAAAUACAGAAGAGCAGUUAUGUUUGGCCAUGUACCGAAAAUUAAACCUAAGAAAAAUAACUAUCAAUCUGAUAAUAAUUUUAACAAAUAUGAUAAAUUUGAAAAUAAAUCGAGUAAUAAAGGUAAGGAAUUAGGAAACAGACAGAAUAAUUUCAAAAGGCAUGAUAGAGCAAAUGAUAAGACCGACCUAGUCCCGGAAAAAUUACAUCCUUCAUGGGAAGCUAAGAAAAAACAAUCAGGUCUAUUACCUUUUGAAGGUAAAAAAAUUGUAUUUGAUUAAUAUAAAUAAUUUACAAUCAUAAAUAAACUAUUUUAUUACAAC